CGAAAACGAAAAAAUAUUGGAAAGAAAUGCAGUUAUGAGCUCUAAAGCCAUGCAAGUGCUUACUACGGUAUUGUGUGCCUUGUUCGUGGCGAGCGCAUCGGCCGCACCGUGCCCGCGCCCGUGCAAAUGUUUCGCCGACGUCAACGGCAUACAGGCGGCCAACUGCACGGAGCUGCCGGUGCGCGCGGCGACCGCGUGGCCGCAGAAGAUCCUCCGGUUGCAGUUGGCCGGCGAUCGCGCGGCCGUCGCGGCGCCGAUGGUGCUGAGGGACAAGGCGUUCGGCCACUUCCCGCGGCUCACCUAUCUGGACGUGUCCGGGCGCGCGGUGCAGCACGUGGCCGCCUUGGCGUUCGACGGGCUACCGGAACUGGUGGAGCUCAACCUUGCCCGCACCGGCGUCAAGAAGCUGGACCGGCGCGCGUUCGCGGGCAACCGGAAACUGGCGUUCCUGUCGCUGCGCGGAAACCCCGGGCUGACGGUGUCCCCGUCGUUCCUGGUGUCCGACUCCAUUACCGAGCUAGACGUGUCCGCAUGCGGCCUGACCGCGCUGAAGAGCGUCUACUUCAGCGGACUGCCGAACCUCAAGUACCUGUUCGCCGCUAACAACCGGCUCAAGGCGCUGGGCUCGCAAUUCGCGCCGCCCGGCAUCAAGUACGUGGACCUGGCCAACAACCGCAUCGGCCACGUAGACGACGACCUGGAGGCGUACAAAAGGUUGCGCACCGUCGACCUCACCGGCAACCCGAUCAACUGCACGUGCGAGCUGUCCGACGUGGACAGGAAACUGACGGCCCGCGGGGUGGCGUUCGGCAACACGGUUACGUGCGCGAACACGGGCUUGCCGCUGGACGACAUGGCCGAGGUGUGUUCGGCGGACGACAAGGAUAUGCUGGGAGACGACCCGAAAGCCAUUUACAAGUCGGACGAUCUGCUCGAGGUGGACGACGGUAUGAUGUCGGCGGGAGACGAUCGCGUGGACGGUGGUUCAGGGUCAGGUAGCGGUGACGGUGCCCCCCCGGUGUUUUCGACGCCGUCGGACGUCGCCGGUGCGGAAAACGAGUCGAAUGGUUCCGUGGAAAAUACGUCGUCGCAGCGGCCGGACACGACUUCUGAGGAGACAACUUCCGAGGAAGCCAUUCCCGGGGAAACUGCUUCCGAAGAAACGACUACCGACGAAACAGUUUCCGGGGAUCCUACUUCAGGGGAAAGUACUUCCGAGGCGGAGACGUCGGUGACAACCGGGUCGGAAGAAACGACGGACGAGACCAGCACCGUGCCAGUGGUUCCGGUGGACGAAGUGAUUUCCGUAAAGGUUUCGGCGAGACCCGACUCGGCGGUGGACCACGACGGUGGGACCACGACGACGACGACGACGACGACCGUCGCGGUGGACCACGAUAUCGUGUCGAACCCGAUACUGUUGCCGAAAGACGAGGUCCAGGAGCAGCACAGCCUGGUCGCGGCGGUGGACUACUUGCGGUCGAACGUGGCGGUAACGGGCACGGCAGUGAUACUGGCCGUGUUGAUCAUGGCGAUCGUGUACAAGGCGGUGUGCGCGGGCAAGUCGCGGAGCCGAAGGACCGCGGAGGCGGACGGCAAAACGGUCGAACUGAAGGAGAUCAAGUACAUUGCCGCGGACACAGAGGACUCGCGCAAUCGCGAUGAUGACGACCGGGAUGAGCUAACCACGCCGUCCAGCUCGGCGGAGGAGAACCUGCUGGAGGACCGCGGCGACGACACGGACGACUCGGACGAUUCGGAUGACGUCCAACCGUCACCGUCGGCGGUUGUGGAUGCGAUGAAAGCCAACGGCGACGCGGCCGCGACCAACGUUCCUACCAGGGUCAUCGUGAAACUGGGCGAGACCCCGAAGGCGUCCAGGCCGGUGACCAUCGACAACGUGCACUGAACCGGACGGGACGUGAAGAGGCGGCGGCGCGCGAAAACCAAAUAUAAAAUGUAUCACAAUCGUAUGUCGUCGCUGAAUUGUUCACGAAAAUAAAAAAAAAUUUAACCCCCGUAUCGAGAUCGUAUUGUUCCGAAGGGACCACCGCCGCGAACCUACGAACCCUUGAUGCACGCGGAACCGCACCGGAAGUGUACACGUGUCCACACCGUUCGCCCUCACCUCCCACGACGUCGUGACCGCUCGAUUCGUUCAUUCGCGCACCCUGUACCACACACGGUACAUGAUAAUAAGUUUAAUCAUAAAUUAUCUAAACAAUACAUUUAACAACAUUAAUAAUAAUACAUUUUAGAUCUUAAAUCAUGCCCUAUAUGUAAGUCGUCCAGCAUGUUUUAUAUAUUCAUUGAUUUUUUUUUUUUUAAUAAUUCUAUCGCCAGGUUAUAACAACAUAUUUUUUUUAUAAUGAUCUUUUAUAAAACAUAAUCGAAACGAAUUAAAACGUCGUACUAUAUUUAAAA